AUGACAGGAUGUCAUCGUACCUGGAUUACCGUGGUUGUUUAUUGCAAUAGGAGGUCCGCCUGCUUGGUCUUCUUUCAUAGGAGGCGCCCAAAAGGGGGACGACGUCCGAUGGAUGAGACAGAAACUUCAAAAAGGGACCAGCGCGGCCUGUCCUUUCGUAAACGGUCCUGUUGCAAUGCAAUCAUCUCACACAUCACAUCUCAACUCGUUCUUGCUCGCUUUCUCACGUAUUGCGAACCACCCCAGUUUCCCCAUUCACCUCAAACCAAGACCAUGGCACGUACUUCAAUCUUCCGCGUUAGCUCUGCCUUGAACGCUAUACUCCUCACCUGCAUCAUCCUCAAGCAUGUUGCGUUGGGCGUCGCGCGUUCUACAAUGCGCAAUGCUUGCUUGGUUGUUCUCAUGCCCUUCAUGUUCUUCCACAUUGCCAUCAUCGAAGGCUGA